AUGGCACCACCCUGGGUCACUUUCGAUACCAUUGAGUCCUUUGGUGGAGAUUGUGGAAACGGAGCUGAUCCUGACAUUGCCGGCAUUAGUGUUGUCAUUUCCUUUGUCACUGCGAGCUUCAUGACCACGUUUGCCUCGAUUCUUGCUAUGCUUCUCGAUCAAGCUUUCGAUACCAAGGGCCAAUUUACUCUCCGCGCACCACUAAGAUUUAUUCGCGAACGUUUCUUAGAACACGAAUGGAAGAAGUAUUACGCAUGGCGUCCUUUCUUGGACCCGCUAAUCAUAGGCCUGGGUGAUCAGCAGCUCAUCGUAUUGCUCAGCGGAUGGAUAAAGGUAUCUGAGAAGGCUUUCAAAGUCCAAGGCGCCCAUUUUGUUCUAAUCCUAUACAUCUGCGCUCUGUCGUCAUCCUCUUACCUCGCUGCCCUCAUAACAUUACGCAAGUACUUCCAAAGGUACAGACUUAUUGCAAAGAUCCGGCUCAUACUCGUCAUCUGCUUCGCAAUAUUUCUUAUGACCUCCAUGAUGGCCGCCAUUGCCCUAUCACCAACAAUGCGUUUAUCGUUACUCGUACCUUUUUUUCUCAUAAUCAUCGACUUAUCGACAGCACUAGUGUGUAUUCUGUACAACCCAGAAGGCCUCGAAGUCGAGUCACCAAUUUCUUCCUCAGAAAGCUCUUUCCAAGCUCUCGUACGUCGCGUUACAGAUAGAGAGCUGUACACGAAGAGAUUCGUGUUCCGAACACUCUUUCCAGCUCGAUUCGGCAUACAGCUCAUGUAUUACAUCUUUCUCAACCCAGCCACUGCGUUUGUAGUCCAGAUACUGUUGGCAAUCCUUUCCGUAACCCUAGUCUUGACUCAAAAGUUUGCUGCUCCUGAGGAUCCUGCAAGGUUUUGCGGUUUACACGACAAUGAAGAAAACACAUGGGGCUUCGGGCAGACAUUGACACUGCAAACAUACUUGGAAGCAAGACAAGAUAUCAGCGAGGGGUUCAGGAGUACGAACGUCUGA